GCCCCGCCCACACACGGGGGAACGGAUUACACCAGAAUCAGUGCUUGCAGUCGCGUCUGUCUCCAGAGCAACAACUAUUUAACACAAGAUUAUCACACUUAAUGCUUCCUUUGCAGGAUACCAACUCUUUUGUGUUUUGGGUAAACUUUAAACUGAUGUGUGACAGUUGUCAGGUCCAGACGGGAGCAACUUCAAACGUACCGUACUUUGAAAUAACGACGACGUCAUGUCAACACCUGAGGGGGGAAACGGUUUAAUCAAGUCGUCCUGCAUAGAGGGUUGCCCGGCCAGUGUGGGAUGCUAAGAAACUGGUGGUGGGUUGAGGCUAAAGGAGCAUGGUGAAACACCAACCCUUACAGGUCUAUGAGAAGCAAGUGCUGAUUUCCUUUGUCACUGGCAUUUAUGGUUGUCGUUGGAAACGCUACCAGCGCUCCCAAGACGACAGCUCGAGGUGGGAGUGUUCCUGGUUUCUCAUCUUGUGUAGCUCCUUUCUCCUGCUUCUUUUUUGGGUUUACUUCUGGUUGGUGGCUCGAAAUGAUUUUGACGAGUUCAACUGGUCAGUGUACAACCGCACGGGUGAAUGGAGGGAUGAGACCAUUCCCAUUCUGACAAUCACCACUGUGGGAUUCAGCUAUGUUUUUGUCUUGAUGAUCUUGGCAUUCUUCCACAUAUCCUUGGGACAACAGCUUAAUCUCUACUGGCUCCACAAGAUCGGUGUGCUGGCUGCGCUCCUUACUACUAUCUCUGGUGUUGUGUGUGUUGAUGACAUCUGGGUAGAUGAAUGGGAUGUCCUUCUUGUGUCGCUGCAGUCCACAGCGCCAUUCCUUCACAUUGGUGCUCUCACAACAGUCACAGCUCUUAGCUGGCUGGUCGCUGGUUAUGUGGUCCGCAGAGAAAGAUCCAAUUUCCAGAUGAUGGUGUUAGUCACCUACAUCAUCAUCCUCAUGGCCCUUUAUUCGGCGCCGCUGUCAUUCUCCUGUCCCUGUGUCAUGGACAGUCACAGCCUCAGACUUCGCCCAGACGUCAUUGGUCGACGGGGCGCUCCGAUGCUGGCCCCAGAAAACACCCUGGUCUCCUUCAACAGAGCCUUACAACACGGCGCCAGCUCCCUGGAGGCUGACGUCACUCUUAGUGUGGACGGGGUUCCAUUCCUCAUGCGAGAUCGCACCUUGAGACGAACCACAGAUGUGAGCACAGUCUUUCCUGGCAGACAGCAUGACGAUGCCGCUUUCUUGAACUGGACCGAGCUACGUUCGCUCAACGCAGGUCGCUGGUUUCUGGAGCGUGAUCCCUACUGGACUGUAGAGACGUUGACCGGGAGGGAUAGGAGCAGGAUCGGAAACCAGACGGUUUGCAGUCUGUUGGAAAUGCUUCGUCUGGCAGUCAGAACCAACAGCUCUGUGCUUCUCAACGUCCGCAGGCCCCCUGCGGGCCACCCUCGCUCCCAGAGUUGGUUCAUGGACACAAUGUGGGCCGUGCAGAAAGCGGGGAUUUCCCGGAAGAGGGUGAGGACUGUGACAUUGACCCCAGACACAGACAGGGGCAGGGUUCGGGGGUUUCAGCAGGCCACAAAUGAGAAGCUGUCACUCGCACAGAUAAGGCAGAGGGGCAUUACAAGCUUGACCCUUCACUACAGCAAGGCCAACCACAAAGAUAUACAGGAGUAUCUAGCCAACAAUGUGAGCGUGACAGUCUACCCAGUGAACGAGCCAUGGCUCUACUCGGUUUUGUGGUGCAGUGGGGUGCCUUCUGUGUCCUCUGAUGCCCCCCAAGUCCUCCGAAAGGUGCCUUACCCCAUCUGGCUCAUGAGUCAGAAUGCAUAUCGCUUCAUCUGGAUCGCCUCGGAUCUCGUCUCACUCGCUGUGGUCGUCGGGAUCUUCAGUUUUCAGAACUAUCAUAUGAUCAGGUGGAGGAUGAGCGGAAUACAGAGUUGUAACCCCGAGCAGAUCAUGCUGAGCGCUGUGCCGCAUCGCUCUAAUCGGGAUGUCAACGUCAUGAAGGAGAAGCUCAUUGUUUCAGAACUCCACAAUGGGCUAAGAGGUACUGAGGAGUUGUCGCUGAAUCCCAAAAAUGGCAAUGCAAGAUACUCUCACAGAGAUCCGAGAACAUCAUUUCCCAUGGAACAAAUGGAAUGUUAGAUGAUUAUUGGAGAUACAGUCCUUUUUUUUCUACAAGUGGUUUCUAAUACCCUACAUGGCCCAUAGUGCAUGAAGGUCCUAAUACGCAUCCAGUAGAUUGCACGCAACGUCUUGGAAUGAUUUUUUUCCAAAUUGACAGUGUACGUUCACGCGAGCAAAACUAUUGUGUUUAAUGGCUUUAAAAAAAAAGAAGUAUCUUUAAGGCUGAAUGGAUUGUCAUUUUCAUUAUCUUCUGUAUUUUAGAAAGUUGACUUUGUCCUUGUGUAUGAUAUGUUGAUGUAAAUAGGACUCAUUUUGAAAUUGUUUCCAUUGUGAAAGGAAUUUUUUUAGUGGGUGGAUUUUGUUGUCAUCCAUUGUGCUUGUGAUCGAGCUAUUAGGAAAUGUAUGAAAUAUUGAAGGGAAACAAUGCAGGGCUUUGAGAGUCUCUAAAGUGUCAGUAUUGAUGCUGCUGCCUCUUUUUUGUCAUAUCGCGAUGUUUUGGAGACAUUGAGGAGUGACACCUUUCACGUGGAUGCCUUGAAAUGAAUGAAUGAAUGAAAUAAAUGAAUCAAAUAUGAAGGAAUUUUUGUCAUUCUUGUCAUCAUAAGAAUGAAAUAUUUUAUUUUCACCUCUUAUGCCACUUUAGUCUGCAGACACGUUAAUAAAAAUGAUUAUAUGGAAGGUGUGCAGACUUUACUUUUUAAGCCAUUCUAUUAACACUGCACUUUCCUAAACCAUCAGACCAAAAAACGACUUCAUUCAUUGAGAUGCAAGUGGAUUCAAUAUAUUUGACUGUACUUUGAAUUCAUGUAUAUAUAAACACACACGUGCCCCAUUUCCACAUACUACAGGACAUACAUAUUUUAUUUCUGUAAAUAUAAAUCUUACAAUUGUUGGGGCUAAAAGUCAAAGCUCAACGUGAGCAUGCCCGUGUUAAAAUGAGGUUCAUCCAAGUCAAUAUCGACAUUUGAUUUGGGCCA